CACAGGCGAUGAGAACGCAAGUCACGCCAUACAUUCGCCUCACACAUGCCAUUAACCGUCCACGGCAGAGAGUCAAGACAAUGCAAGGCACCGCACAGUACACACAAGAUGCGCUUCGCAGACAGGCAGAGACAGACAGAGGGAGAGUUGUUGCUUGGCUGUCGAUAUGUCUGUCUGUCUGUCUGUCUCACCCUCAAGCAAUCGUAGUCUUAACUACCCGUCCUGCCACCCAUUUCCCUCUAUUCGUUCUCCCUUCGCCACACCAUGCCCUCCAGCUGAUCCGCUAGCACUCUCAUCAUCACGACAGUGCGCGUCUGUUUGUGGGGGCCCACUCGGUCGUGGAGAUCCAACCAUGACGCAAAGCCCCCCAGCAAUGCAGGCAAACGGUCGUCAUGUGCCCCUCGCACCAUCGCCUCACUACCUACCACCACCAGCCGGCAAUGCCAUCCGUCCCGCUUUUCGUGGAACACGGCCGCCCCCCAGUAUCUGAUGCGGCGGAUGUGCCAGCCGUUCACCGCCACCCGGCAUACCUCACCCAAGUUCGUCACAUGGCGUCACAGAGCGUCCAAAAAGAACUCCAUCAGGCUGGAACGCCACACACACACAGAGAGAGACACACACACACACCCUACAAACACGCGAGAACUAGACACCCCCAGAGACAAGCCAUAUGCAAUCAACUCAUGAAUACGCCAACAAUGCUGUGCACACACCUCAGCGCCCAUCCCACCCCACAGACACGACGAAUGAUACAACAGAACAUCUCUCUGAUUUUGCCCGAGUGUGGGCGAAGCGACACACAAGAGAGAUAGGAAAGUGGGUCAGCCAUCAAUCUCUGCUGCUGUGUACAUUACAUGCACGUAGCGAUAAACCUGUCCCCCUCCCACACACGACCUCGCCGGACCACGGCUGAUGGGCUGAUGGAUGGAUGCUUUCGUGCCAUCAACCUGCGCACCAAGCAGAUCCAGAUCCACACACAUGCACGACAUCGGCUCAAAAAACACGCACUUGCCUGCUUGCUGACAAAACACGACAUGUCCCUUCUCGCUGCUUGCUGACUUUUCAAAACACGCCUGCCUUCCAAGGCGAGCAAAAUCACACACCACAUUCUACCCAUGUUUGCGACUAGCCAGUGUUGGAAGGAUCGAACAGAACAGGCCAAAAAACUAUGACGCCACGACGAGCGAGCGACACAUACAUGCACACCGACAUACACCCCUCAGGUCUUGUCCUCGGGUGACGGGACGUCUGACGGCGUUAUGGAGCUGCUUUUGGACUGGUCGGCGACCCUGAUGCUGCUGUUGCUUUGACUGAAGUUGAUGUGGGGGUUGACUGCGCCCGGCUUGGCCUUGCAGAACAUGCCACCGAAAUGGGGCCAGUACUGUGGCAAAACGAGGAAGAAGGGCACGUAUGUGCGACGACAAAAGAGACGUGAGGAAGUGGAGUGGUUGUUGUGUAUGCAUGUACCAUCAGCGGCACUGUGAGUGCGAUGGUGAUGACGCACAGGCCGUGAACCUGAAAUGGGAUCCGCGGGUCGUCCUUGAUAUACUUGUAGAUGAAGCCUGCCAGCACCGCACCAAAGUGGCCACCCUGAAAGAACAAGAAAGACCAGCACAGAGAGAGACACUCACGAGAGGUGUGAGGCAGCUUUCGUGUCGUCUUCUUACGUACCGCGGCUACGAGCGCUGAGACAAUGCCACGAUGCUGGGGCAUCAUGAAAGGCACAAUGCCGUAGCUAGUGCCCUGAGACGUCUGCAUGCACACACACAGAGGGAAGGAAGGAGAGAGACCAUCGAUGCAAUGAUCCACCCAUCGACGUGCAUGUCACUAGAGGGCAAUCAGCUCUCACCUGGACGAACAGACCGAGGACGCCGAGGCAUGUAAUGGCGGCUUCGAAUUGGCCCUCCCUCCCGAAGGCGACGAGCAUGAUGCCCUCCACCAGCAGGCAAAUAAAGUGAAUCCACAAGCGGCCCCGCAUGCCCCAUUUUUUGAAGUUCAAGUCAGACAGACCGCCGCCCUGCACGCCAGCCAACACGCACCAAACAAACAGCACACGCAACACAGCAAACGGCGUGUUCGUGGGUGACUGCAUGCAUGUGUGAGUUGAGUGCAUCCAACCCACUGACUCACGAGUGGUCCGAUAAAGUUAUCCAACAUAACGGCCAAAGAUACGCUGACAGCACGGCCGGAAAGCUCCACGGGGAGCUGGAAGAAGUCGUGGAAGUAGAGCACCAGCUGGUUGUUGAGCUGCAGCUCAGUCCCGAAGUAAGCCGCAUACUGCAGCAUCAUCAACACAACACGGUAGUCCUUCAGAGCCCUGCAAGAAGAACACAACUGAACAACACAACGGACACACGGCGACGUCCCUCUCCCCCUCCUGCUUCGUAUGCACUCACUCGACGUAGUCCCACAGAGAUGUAUUGGCCUUGCCGAGCAUGGAUGUAUGAAAUUUGCCGUGGGGCGUGUCUUGCGAGGAGAACCAGACGACUAGCGAGACGAGCACAAAGAUGACGCCUGGGACGACCAUUGACACCCUCCACGCAAUGCCUACGCUCAGCCCAGCCUCCACAAAGCCCGAGAAGAUACUCGGCAUCAAAAACUGGGUCACACCACCGUCCAACUUGCCCAACGCGGCAGCUGUAUUCAUGCAGCGCGAAACACACACACACACACAAACCAGGAGGGAAUAUUGCUGCGUGGAGGCUGGUCUCAGUCAGUGUCCAUGUAUCUCACUGACCAGUGGCAUUGGCGGUCCCAACAACGCUGGGUGCGAACAUGAGUGAGCACCAGAACUGGGUGGUCACAAAGGUGGCCCCCACCCCGCCGAUGAAGAACCGCACGGCGACGAGGCCGGCGCCGUUGACGAUGAAAGCCGCGCAUAGGACGGGGAUGGCAAAAAGGGCCAUGUACACGGACUGCACGACGCGCGGGCCGAACUUCUCCAGCAGAAAGCCCGUCGCCACCGUCAUACCAAUCGUGGAUGCAACAGAGCUGAUGGACGACAACAACGGAGAAAGACAUGACAACAGACAGACAGACAGACAGCAGACGUCCACGUGCGUGGAUGCUCUGCUUGUGCUGCACAGCUCACCAUAUGUUUGCGUUCUGCAGGACGUCCCUGCACUUGGGACCGCACACGCACAUCAGUUGUGUGCCAUAUUCGGUGUACUCGUCACAGAUGCCGAUGGAGUCCCGCACGGCCGGCAUGAGAGGCGCAAGUGCGAACCUGAGUGAAUCAAUGAGACAGGCGCACACAACCAAGCACGAAGAUCUGGCAUCAUGCAUCCCUGGUCCGAUGUCCUGCGUGCGGACCAUCCGACGAAGGUAAAGAAGAAGGAUAUCGUCGCGGCCCAGAACGCACGGGCAUGCGGGUUGGUCUGCUUGCGCUUGCCAAAGUUCCUGCAGGACACGCGCACACACAGACAGCUCAAGAUAGAUGUGCACAGAUCGGCUUGCAUCUCACCAGAUGCGUAAGACAGUGGCCUUGUCGUUCUCACCAACAGGCCAGUCAAACUGAGGCUUGCUCUCCUCCAGGGAAAUGGUGGGUUCGGUCAUCGCAGAGGAGAAAAGGACGGAUCUCUG